AUGAUUCCCAAUAAGGAAGCGUGGUCCGGAGUUGGAUGCAUAUGUUUUGACGUAGAUUCAACCGUGUGUACGGAUGAAGGGCUGGAUGAACUCGCUCGUUUUCUGAAGUGUGAAGAUCGAAUAGAGCUCAUUACAAAACAGGCAAUGAACGGAGAACUGGACUUCCGACAAGCUCUUACGUCGCGUCUGGCCUUGAUGAAACCCACCAAGGAUGAUAUUUCUCGGUAUUUGUCCUCGAAGAAGCCUAGCUUAACAGAAGGUAUUGACACUAUUGUUGAAAAGCUUAAGUCCAAUGGGAUUGAAGUUUACCUAGUCAGCGGUGGCUUUGAUCUCUUGGUGAAUCCAGUUGCAGCUUCUCUGAACCUACCCCAAGAAAAUGUGUAUUCGAACAAGCUACUAUUCGCGGAUGAUGGUUCCUAUGCCGGUUUCGAUACAGGCGCACUCACGUCCAAAUCGGAAGGCAAGGCUCUUGUAGUGGCCGAACUGAUCGAACGACUGCACACAAAGGUAGUGAUAGUCGGCGAUGGAAUGACUGAUGCACGCGCCUGUCCACCUGCCACUCACUUUGUGGGGUUUGGUGUGAACGUAGAUCGGCCAUCGGUGCGUGAUUCUACGCCUUAUUUCUGCACCAGUGUGGAUCAAUUGGAACAGCUGUUUCAGUCUGUUGGUUUGAUUCGUGACUAG